GUAGCUUCUAUGUCGAUUGCGCCAUCAAAAACCAACAACAUCGUUACGGCAUCUUAAGACGACUCCAGUAUAUGGAUCUCUGACUGCCGUGCCCACAAACGCUAUCUGUCAAUGUCCAGAGGUCACUGCUUCUCGAUAUGACUAGGACUUCGUAAGCCCACAUUAAACGUCGCGAUACCUGUGUCCGUGGUCUCAUGGCGACUAAAGCACCACACGAUGUAUUCAGCUCUUCCCAUUCUUACCACCUUGAUCGGUUUGGGAGGGCUCAUCGUAGGGGUAUACAGCUUCAUAGCACCAGUCUCUGCUGCGCAAAUAUACGGAGUGCAACCUCCACGGGUCAGCGUCAAAUCGAAGAAGACCGAUGAUGUGACCUCAGACGCAGAAAAUGUAUCGCGGCACCUGGCAUACAGCGGUAUCCGCAAUCUUGUUGUCGGCUUGACUGUCCUGACCCUCACAUGGUAUUGGCAGUAUGGAGCACACUCUACUUCCGACAAGGUGACGGUCCAGCGAUGCCUAGGUAUUGUCAUCACGACUGGUUGGUUGACGCCAGUAGUCGACGCAGUUGUUACGUGGCGAGGUGCUGGGCAAGGUGUGGAUGCUGCAAUAGGUGAGAGAGCUGCCCUACUACAUGCUGCUCGAUCAGUGUUUUGGCUAGCUGGGGGCCUGUGGUGCUUGCUUGGUUGAGGAGGAUUGUCUGCAAGACCUGUAAUCCACAAUGCUUUCCCAGUCCAUGAGUGUUAUGACUUCCUCACAUGUGCCAGAGAUGCUCCUUGCAGUCAACCCGGAGUUUA